AUGUAUAGGCUAACGGGAUCGAUGUCCAACCAUCGCAACAGAAGACAUGAAAGCCAGCAAACCUCCCCAGAAAUGGAAAGCGCCAUCGGUUAUCACCAUGUACAACAGCCAUCGAUUUAUGCAGUACAAUCUGAUGGGCUUUUUGAUCUGUUUGUUGCUAAGCACACGGUGGACUUCUCUUUGAAACGCCAGUUACUCUCAAGAAGUGGUUUUACGAUUCCUUGGGAGAAAUUCUCUCACUUGUCUUCCUCAGUUGUUAGCCAGAAAAAGGUGCGCAAUUAUCAUUGUUUCAGACAUGAUUUUAGAGUCAGAGAUGGCUGGUUUGUGCCUAUUAGACUGUUAUAAUCUGGAACUUAUCAUAGAAUAGCCUUUGUAUAUGAUCAUUGGCCAUGAAGCGCUCUGCUGAUGAUAGAGUCUCUCUGACUCUGUCUGUAUCUGUGCCCCCAUUCCUUAAACCCCAUUAUUAGAAAAAAACAGUAAAAUUUUAUGAUUUUCACGUUUAACAAAACGAGAUCGCGUCUUAAUUUUGGUGCCCUAUGAUUUCUGCAGACAGACAAAAUUCAGAUGGGGGGGGGGGGAAUGCCAACAGCUCCCUCCCCACUCCUAAAAUUUUUUCAGGGAACCUUUGCUGGCGGGAAAGCCAAAGAGUUAAUACUGGGUCGAACCGAGUCCCUUGGUCGCGCCUCCCCCAUCUGCAAAUGCCACAAGUGAUUAAAUCAUACUAAGCGACUCCAAGAAUAAAGAUUAAUUGUGACCUGAUAGUUUGAUCUAUAAUUUAUGAAACCUCAAGAAAGUAAUCAUUGGUUUUCGCUUUGUACACCUACAGAAUUUCAGUCCACAAGGGAAGUGCCCACAGAAAGAGAAAUUUUCUAUGAAUGGCCACACAAAGAAGUGAGUGUACCACCAGUUGACUUGUUUUUUCCUAAUGAGGGCACCAACACAAGUUUCCUUUGCAUAUACUAGAAGAAAUCCAAACUGACUAUAAAUCUUUUUUUUGUCUUUCAGACUCAUCUGCCCACUUUGUGGUCACAUCCUACAUGUAAGCCAGACUCCUGAACUGUAACAUCCUAGCAGUUGGAGGUUUCACAGUUUCCACGAGACCAUGACAUACAUAUAUGUACUGUACAUUUUAACAUUAAUGUAACCACUUUUAGUACUGACCCGAUAUACAG